AUGGGCGAGCAAGACCAGUGCCCUGGCAGUUCUGGUAACGAUGGAGACUGUAAAGGCCAUGAAAAUCCACCUCAGAAAACAAAGAAGAAUCAGAAAGGAUGCGCAGUAACUGGAAUUGAUUGGAUCAGUCAGUUACCUGACUCUCUAAUUGUCCAAAUUCUUUCUCUAAUGCCCGUAAAAGAUGCCUUCAGAACAACUAUUCUCUCUAAACGUUGGCAAUACCUCUGGACCUCUAUCGACAACCUCAUCUUUGGCAGCAGGAAUAUCAAUUGUUCUGAUAGCUUGGCAGUGAACAAGAUAUAUCACAGUGGUAUGUCUUAUAAUUCUAAACUUGACGAAUGGCUUGAAAUUGCUUUGAAGAACAAAGUGGAGGAUAUUGACCUGGAUAUUUGGUAUUAUGAUCAAGAAUCCUAUAUCUUGCCGCAAGUUCUCUGCAGCAGCUCAUCAGUUCUAAAACUAAGUUGCACGUGUUGCAGAAUAUCAGAAGAUUGUACACUAAAUUGGACAUCCCUAAAGAGUUUAACGCUAACACAUUUGUUUCUCCGGGAUGAACAUAUUGAACAAAUAAUAUCAAGUUGCCCCCAGCUGGAAGCUUUGGAGCUACAAGAAUUUUGUGGUUUUCAUCGUUUGCAUAUAACUUCUCCUAAGUGUAGGAGACUGCAGUUGAUCAAUCACGGACAUCCUAAGGGAGAUUGGGAUUCAUCUGGAGGUGAUUGUUUCUUAGAAGUUGUUGCUCCAUAUGUUCGACAUUUGAAGAUUUUUGGGGGAUUUCACCUAUAUGGAAAUUAG